AUGGACAGAGUCACCAGGCACUUGGUCUUCCAGUUCCCGCAGACCUCGCCAAAGCUCGACGCUGACGAUGCUCACCCGGGCGGCUCGUUUGCGGAGCAGAGGGCCAGCAGCGACGACGACGUGUUCGGCUCCGCUCGACACAGCAGCCAGAGGGUGGAAAACGGCUAUGGCUGGGAAACGAGGUCAAAUUUCCCAGAUGGUGGAAAAGAUGUCUGGACCCCGUCGCCAGACAGGGAGUCCAAGCUGGAGGUGGUGAGGUCGGGGAGCUUGUACGACCUCAGGGUUUACAGAGGCGAGAGGAAGCCCUCGAAGCUUUAUGAUGACGAUGAGCAGGAACAGAACAGGGUCCGUCCACCGAGCAUCUCGCCUGAGAAAGCCAGGGAGCUUGCAGACGAGAGGAGGGAGAUCAUCCAGAGCCAGGUGAUGAGGAAGAGCUCUACCAUGGCUGAGAGGUGGAGCUCCCUGGAUGAGCUGAGCUCCAUCAAUGCUGGUGUGGACAACCAGGGCGAAGGUGGGCACGCGGGCAGCUUCACCACCAGCUUCGCUAUUUCCUUUGACAAGCCUUCCUCGGGGAGGGCAGCAACGCCGGUCAACCCUGAAAAUGUCAACACGGAGCAGAUCAACUUCUCCGCAGCUCGGCAGCAGUUCCUGAUGCUGGAGAAGACCAACCCGGGCUCCUUCUUCAGCCCAGGGCAACAGGCCAUGUCUCCAAAGCCGGAGUCAAUGACAAGAGUCUCUAGGCAAGAGUGGCCCAGUCCUGAGGUGGCCACGAACGCUGCGAGAGGUUACAGCAAUGCCGGUGAACCCAGUCAGAGCAGGACGGACAAGACCGUUUAUCAGGUUUAUAGUGUGUCCCACAAGACACCUGUGACGGAGGAGGAUCAUGCCUCCAGAAGGGCUGAUACUGAAAGAUCAUAUCCCACCAGGAAAAUAUCCAGCUUGGCUAAAGCAUCUUCCAGAGAGGACCUGGACUCUGGCUUGGGUGAGCUGUAUAACGCAGGCAACACAGGCUACGCCAACAACGGAAGCACGUCCAACUUUGUCUUCGACGGCCUUGUGGAACUGAGGACCAGCAGCAACGGCCAGGACAAGGAGACGAAGUUCAGUAACGAGACGCCCAUUGAGCGGGAGAUCCGCAUGGCCAUGGAGAGGGAGGAGAACCUCUGGAAGGAGAGAGGGAUCCAGCGGCUGACCUCCAGCAGCGAGCUGGUGGAGAUCCAGACCAAGCCUCUCCUCUCCAUGCACACCUCUCCCGGUCCAGGCAGGAAAGGGAAUGACAAAGGCCGUGCUUCCCUUUACGUCCAGAAGGAAAUCGAGCAGGAAACCAAGCGCGAGGAAGAUCUGAAGAGGCAAGGGAGGCUGCUGGGGACGUACGACCGGGGGCCGCAGCAGGAGCUGGAGGAGCAAGGAAAUCGAGCAGGAAACCAAGCGCGAGGAAGAUCUGAAGAGGCAAGGGAGGCUGCUGGGGACGUACGACCGGGGGCCGCAGCAGGAGCUGGAGGAGCGCAGGCGGGUGUUCGAACCGCCAGCGAGAAGAGCUGGGACCAGCCCCUGGUGUCCCAGCAUGUUUCCGCCAGCACCAGCAAAUGGGGGAGCGAGGAUUCCCAGGGAGGAAGGCUUCCCGGCUCCACCCCG